AUGGAUCUUGAUAGCGACGGCCUCAGUCUUGGCACUUCCGCGGAGGUUUACGUCAGAGCUGCUACUCCAACAUUCCUCACCUCCACCAUGUUUCGCAUACGUCCGCCUCUCCGAGCUUUUCAAGCGCCUUCGCGACCGUCACAAGCCUUCCCGCGAUGCCUCCGUGAUCACACCUCCUUCCGCACAUACAAGCAACAACGCUUCGGUCGUGGCCCGCAGUACAAGCGAUUUGGCUCGGCUUCCGGUGGCAUAGCAGGUCUUUUCUUUCGCUGGGCAGCUCGACCGACCUUCUAUCGCGAUGUCGGCAUCAUCACAGCAGGCACUGGAGGCGUCUAUGUCUACAACCUCGAACAAGUGCCCGUGUCAGGUCGGAGGCGCUUCAACAUCAUAUCUCCAGGCUUAGAGGAAACACUGGGCAAGUCAACUGUCGACCAGGUCAAAGAGCAAUACCAAGGACAGUUUCUGUCAGAUAGUGACCCGAGAGUACGGAAGGUGAAGCAGGUCUUGGAGAGGCUCUUGCCAUACGCAGAAGGAGAGGGUCUCCAGUCCUUGGAAUGGGAGGUUCAUGUGAUUGAUUCACCAGAACAGAAUGCCUUCGUUGCGCCUGGCGGCAAGGUUUUUGUGUUCACAGGCAUACUGCCGCUUUGUAAAGACGAAGAUGGCAUCGCAGCGGUCCUCGGCCACGAGAUCGCUCAUGUCGUCGCACAUCACACAGCUGAACGAAUGUCGCAAGCCCCCCUGAUACUCCUCGGAAUCAUCGCCCUCUCCAUGUUCGACGUCUCCCUCUACUCUGGCAAAAUGCUCAUCGACCUCUUCCUCUCCAUGCCCGCCUCUCGCAAACACGAAGCAGAAGCCGACUACAUCGGACUCAUGAUGAUGGCACAAGGCUGCUACAACCCCGAGGCCGCGAUGAAGUUCUGGAAUCGCAUGGAGAAACUGGGUCAGGGUGGGCCGCCUCAGAUCUUGUCUAUCGCACCCUUCGAAUCAUAA